AGUGAGUGUGCUGAAUCACAAUAAUGCCAAAAUCAAAGGAAAGAGUCUCAGUGUUCACAAAAAAGUACGAAGAGACGUACACUCUGAAAGAUAUCAGGGAUGGAGAUGUGUUCAUUGUGCAACAUGAUUCAAAGGUCCAGAACGCUGGAGUGUACUCUGAUGGACAGAUCGUUCAGCUGAAUGAUCUCAGUCCAGUCCAUCCACAGCACACCUUGAGGGAUAUAGUGGAGUCCAUGCCUCGACAAGUCAUGGCUGUUUUGGGCAAAGGGGGAUCAACACAACCUUCAGCAGGAACAUUUGCUACAGCGGUAAACAAGGUGAAUGUGGAGACGUUCACCUUGGAGAGAACUGAAGAGAACAGAGUAACAGUUUACAGGAAGAAGGGAGGAAUCCCUCGGACAUUCAAAGAAAAUGUUGAUGAAGCAAUGAGCAAAUGUCCAGAAAGCAAUUACACUCAUUACAACUGUAUUGAGUUUGUCAUGGAGCUUCUGGAAGUUUAUCUGCAGCCGACCGCAUCGGACUGCUAUAAGAUUGCCUCUGGCGCUAAACCAAAGGGCUUCAAAGUUGUCAAAAACUUCUCUGAUGAUUACAGUGGAAACGCAAAGCUAGGAGACCUGUUUCUUGUGGAAAGUGGGCUACUUGGCUAUAGCCUCCAUGCUGGAGUGUUCUGCAGUGUAAAGGACCAAGAGAUUAUUCAGUUCAGUUCAGGUGCUGUGAACCGGGUGCAUAUCAAUGGGUUCUCUCGAGGCAAGAAAUUUACAAUUUAUAGGAAGAAGACUGGAGUCUCAAGCAAAAUCCAGAAAACAAUGAAUAAAGCAAUGAGCAGCAUGCCAGAAUAUUCAGAGUCCGAUAAAAAUAAAAGUGUUCGUUUUGCCCUGGAACUGCUCUAUGGAGAAGUGGAGAAAACAGAAAGAGAUGUGGAAGGCUUGACUCAGCUGGUGUUUGGCGAUAACAGUGCAGAUCUGUAGAACCUGAAGAUUUAAAAAUGAUAGGAAAGCACCACACACACACACAAACACACACAUAUAUGUACAGGUAAUUAUAUGUAGAACAAUACCUAUAUGAAAAGCUGUGUUCUUUGUUUUCUGUUCCUGUUAGACACACAGACAAACCAACAGUCUGCUAAUGGAGAGAGAGAGAGAGAGAGAGAGAGAAAGAGAGACAGAGAGAGAACAAGGGAAAGAGAGAGAUUCACCUUCAUCAGUGAAACAGAUGACAUUUGCAUAACACCACUUCAGCAUAAAGGCACUCACAUCAUUCAUUUCUUUAAAAAAAAAUUACAAUCUAAUUUGACCCGAGCUUUCACUAGAGCUCUGAAAACAGAAAUGAGGCUGAUCCAUCCUUUCUUCUCUACUUUAUUUUUCCAGCUUAUGUAGAUAGCCAUUUUUGCUUCUCCUACAGUGAAAUCGAUCAGUUCCCAUUUCUGUUUUUCAGCUUUUUUUAUAACCAGCUCCAAAGAUAAAAGAAACCUGGGACCAUGUUUCCAGCAGCCAUGUUUGCAUUUCAAACAACAAUGAAAAAACAGUUUCAAUUUCAGCACAGAAGGGACAUGUCUUUAUAACAUCUGGAUUUAACUUGGAAAUUAAAACAUUGACCCCCCCACAGCUCCAUGUAAUAUUCUCUGCUGUAAAUCACCCGCUCAUUUCCUAAGUGGCAGUUUAUACAACACUCUCCAUACAGGCUUAAUGUCAUCUAAAACUCCGAGCGUUUUUCUCCACACUGUAUCUAUCUGUCCUCCCAUCCAGCUUUCUUUUAUUUACAGCUUUUACACAACAUCUGUAAACUUCUUUUCUUUCUUUUCACCUCAUAAAUAGGUAAAACAUGUCCUUGGGUAAAACCGUUAAAACUGUUUAAUUUGGGUAAAAGUUCUAGUUCAGGAAAGGGGUCACCUUUAUCUGGUGUUUCUGCUUCCUCAUGAUAUUCCUUGAUUAAGUUCAGUUCCUCUUUAGACAGCUUGCUGAUCCAUUUUUCGAUAAUGGCUUCCAUGUGCUGUAAUGACCGUAGCCCGAGUUCCUGAGCCACCGCUCUCUUGUCUUUAAAAUCCAGUUCUGCAGUAUCCACUAGUCUCCUCAAAGUUGUGAACUGUUUCAGUUCUAGAGUUUGUGGGAGACCUGGAGAACUGUCCUUAAUGUCCAUUCGUCCUCCUCCCGAUGAACCCAUUUAAAGAAGUAAACCCAAAAUAAACCCAUUUAAAGAAGUUCACAAUCUGUGUAAAAACAUUUCAAUUGAUAAAGUGUACAACAUACCUGAUAAUGAGCAGCCUUGUCUGAUUCCCGGUUUUACUUUAAAAGGAACGCUUAACCCUCCAAUGAUCUUCAGUACACUUUCAGCAUCUUGGUACAUCACCUUUACCAUUGUGCUAUAAGACUGGGGCUGAGGCCAAAUGUCUCCAGAGUUUUCCAGAAGUUCUGAUGCUCAACCCUAUCAAAAGUUUUUUCUUGGUCCAGUGAAAUCAGACCAAGGUCAACUGCCAGUGAACUGGAGAUGUCCAAAAUGUACAGAAUCAAGGAAACAUUAUCAAUGAUGGAUCUACUGGGCACACAAUACGUCUGUUCAGCUUGAAUUAUUGAGUCCAUGAUGUCUCUGAGCCAACAUGCUUUUGACAUUAUUUUAUAGUCUGUACAGAACAGUGACACUGGACUCCAGUUUUUAAUGUCCUAUAAAUCCCCUUUCUUGGGGAGAAGGGUGAUCACCGCUUUCCGGCUGCUCAGGGGUAGACACAUUUCUCUGCAGCUUUUGUUGAGGACCUCCAGCAGCUCUUCUCCAAGCUUCUGCCAGAAGAACUUGUAGAAUUCCGCUGGUAGGCCAUCCAUUCCAGGCGCUUUUCCUCCUGCUAUUGAGUUCAAGGCAGCCUGCAGCUCCUCCAGAACCAGCGGUGCUUCCAGUAUACAUGAAUCUGCUCGGUCCGUUCUGUUUUUUCCAGUCCUAAGUAAAGCUGUGAUGGAGCGUCCAUUUCGUUAGCUCCUUUGAAUUGUGAUCGUACAAGAGCACCCUGUGUUUUUGUGCCCAAUAGAUCCAUCAUUAAUGGUUUUUUUUACUUUGAGGUUCUCAAAAUAUCCUCUGUUUCCUGUGGACUCAGUUAAAGUCUGUAGUUCCACUAUUUCCAUCUCCAGUUCCCUUUAAUGAUUUGGUGAUGUCCCUUGCGACGUUGGCAGUGUACUACUGACAGAGUGGCUGGAUUAAAACCUGCCCAUGGUCCCACCACUGUCUGCAGGAGAAGUCGUCUCUCUUCUCUUUUCCAAGAGAGGUUCAGAAAACUCUAAAAGACUCCAUAAAAUUAGCAUCAUUCAGUAAAGAAACAUUAAAAUGCCAGUAUGCACUUCUGGAUUUAAGAUUUGCAGUAAAAACUUUGCAUCUGACUAAAAAGUGCUCUGAAAAACUGACAGGUGUUAUUUCACUAGCUUUGAAGGUUAUGUUUAAAACAAUAAAAUCUGUCUAGUCUAGCUAGCGAAAUAAAGUGAUCUCUAGAGUGUGUAUUGUCUCUCAGUUCCAUGCAGUCUUCUCCACACAUCUACCAGAUCGUGAGUUUUUAUGACGUGUUAAUGUAAGCUUAGAUGCUGCAUGGGGUUCAUAUUUCGCUUUAACUAAUAUUAAUCUGCCAGCAAUCAUUUCCUGUGUGGUGUAGGAUUCGGGUAAAAAGUGUUUGUUAAAGAGAAUGUCCACUCCUGCACUCCUCCAUCCCAUUCCAUCAUCCAUUUAUCUUCAUCUUUGUUCUCGCUGUGUGUUUCCUGUAUGAAUGUCACACGUGUUUUCAUUUAAUUCAUUCAUAUAAUUCUGUCCUUUUUCUUACAUCCCUUCCGUAUAUUUAAGGAAGCUAUGUUAAAAUCAGUCAUGAAUAAAAAUAAAGAAAGGAAAACGAUUAGCGUUGUUCUACAGGGUUUGUUUUAUACGCUCUCUUCAUCUUCACACAGCAGAUCUUGUCUUGUUCUGGUUACGAACUUUUUUAAUCGGAAUAUUUCCUGGUGAGUAAAGUCCCUGUUCUUUUCUUUUAUUAUGGCCAUAGGUGAGUCCACAAGUUCUGUUUAUUGGGGAAGUACUGGUCUACUCGGAUUCCUUUCAUGUUUUUUGUUUUUUGUUGAAAGCGUUUAAUCUCUUUAGCUUUAUAUCUGUUUUGUUCAUCAUUGUUUUGUUCGUGUGGGCAGCACGGUGGCUUAGUGGUUAGCACACAGCAAGAAGGUCCUGGGUUCGAAUCCCGAGUUUGAACAGGCAGGGGCCUUUCUGUGUGGAGUUUGCAUGUUCUCCCCGUGCCUGUGUGGGUUUACUCCGGGUACUCCGGUUUCCUCCCACAGUCCAAAAACAUGUACAUUAGGUUGAUUGUUAAUUCUAAAUUGCCCAUAGGAGUGAGUGUGAGUGUGUGUGGUUGUCUGUCUAUAUGUGUGACCCUGUGAUGGACUGGUGACCUGCCCAGGGUGUACCCCUGCCUUUCACCCAGUGUGUGCUGGGAUAGGCUCCAGCAGAUCCCCGUGACCCUAAUUAGUAACAAAGCGGGGAUAGAAAAUGGAUGUUUUGUUUGUCUUCAUCACUUUCUGCUUCUGCAUUUGUGUCACGGUCACUGCUAGAUUCCACUUCUGCUUCCUGACUGUUUAUAACUUGUUUUUCUUUUUCUAUUUCAACUAGUCCUUUUCUUUCUUGUCAGAGAUCUACUGUUUCCUGUUUUAGAUUUUAAAACCGUUAUGAUCAUGUCAAUGUUUUCUGAACCUGAACGCUCAUCAUUACUUUGAUUGUUAGCCGGUCGCGAGCUCUGUAUGGUGUUCUCACUUACAGUGACUUGUGAUCAUCUUCUUCUGUCUCCAUCUGGUUUGUUUCCUGCUCAGUGUGUUUUUUUUUACUUCUUCUUGACCCUCUGUGUCACUUUCUUGAUUUCUUCCUGUCCGCUUGUUUGUGCACUGUUCUCUCCACUGUCCUGAUUAUCAUUCACCUGUUCCCUUUCUUUGUUGUUUUGUUUUUGUCAUUUCUUUCUCCUGGUCACCUGUUGCUUCAUUUUUAGGACAAUUCCUUAUUAAUUGUCCCCCUCUUGACCACAGCCAAAACACUUUAAGUUUCCAGAAGUUGCAAAAAUGACAUUCUUCUCUGCUUAUGUUUAUUUUAAACAUGAUGUUCAGAUCUUUGUCCCUGUUGAUCAAUAUCAUGUACACACGUCUCCUCUUCUCUACAAAAAACACCACAGCCUUAUUCUUCUGGUGAACAAUGCUCCUCCUGCCCAUUAACUUUGCUGCUGCUGAAACGCGUUCCUCUACUGAGCAUGCGCCAGUCGCUAGCACUUUAAACCCAUGCUCACACACACACACACACACACACACACACACUCACAAAACAACACUCACUUCUCAUUAUCCACUCAAUUCACCCAACAUACAACCAAAAGAAAUAGAAAUAGUAAAAACUGAGUUUUCACCUCUAUCACAUGCUCACACGCUCCGUCCACACACACACACACACAGAGAGAGAGAGAGACACAGAGAGAGAGAGUCAGAGAGAGAGAGAGACAGAGAGAGAGAGUCAGAGAGAGAGUCAGAGAGAGAGAGAGAGAGACAGAGACAGAGAGAGAGAGUCAGAGAGAGAGAGUCAGAGAGAGAGAGAGACAGAG